AUGGCGCCAUCAACUCUCACCCGCGCCCUGCGCUUCAAUCCAACUUCCAUCAACAAAUUCGUCUCCUCUACCCCUUCCUCUACCUCAGCAGCAUCCUGUUUCUUCACCUCUAACUCUUCGUCUGCGCGCCAGUACUCAACAAUUAGAAAUGCAUUUGCACGAACUCGUUUUGCGGGAAAGCAGACCAAGAGAUUUCAGAGUACAGAGGCAGCUGCUGCGACUGCGGCGCAGGUUAGUUGGUUUAAAAGGAUGUGGGAUAGUCCAAUUGGGUUGAAGACUGUGCAUUUUUGGGCUCCUGUCAUGAAGUGGGCUCUUGUCUUAGCUGGUAUCUCUGAUCUUGCUCGUCCUGCCGAAAAACUUUCUCUUACCCAAAACGCCGCUCUCACUGCUACUGGUAUCAUUUGGACUCGAUGGUGUUUAAUCAUUAAGCCAAGAAAUAUUCUCCUCGCAACCGUCAACUUUUUCCUGGGCAUGGUCGGUGUCGUCCAAGUGACCCGUAUCCUCAUACAUCAACGCAGCGAAAAGACAAAAUCGCUCACUGACAAAGCGGCUGAGGUCGGUCAUGAUGUGAAGGGAAAGGUUGAGGGUGCUAUUAAAUCAUAA